UGCCAUUCUGCUAACGAUGAAUGCAGAAAUUAAUACAAUGUACUUCUUGCAGGGUUCAGUUCAUAAACCUAUAUUAGAAAUUCUGCACUUUUUUUAAAUAACACGACUUUGUUGUACUUCACAAUGAGCCAGGGCUGAAUUUAUUAAAAGUUGGAAGCAUCCCUCAAUAAUCUGUAUAAGCUGGGCUCAAAAAGCAUUCUCAAGAAUGUAGAACUCUCCUGAUUUUCUUUGAAUUAGUGGCAUUGGAGAAAUUAUGACCACCAUGAAAAAGACUUAAUUCCCUCACUCUCACUGAGGUAUUAGCCAUGAUUAUACCUGUCAUGAAUGGUCUCUGUCGAUACUAUCAUAAAGGCUUAGACCUUCUGAGGACCAUGCCAGUCUAUCGGUGGUUUCCUGUCAGUACUCUGUGAAACCAACAACAGUUUCUCCAGUAAGCACAAUAAAAUAUAAAACCUGUAGUUUGUUUUCCGUGAUUCUUUGCUGUGCCGUGUUCCAGCUUUCACCAAUGCACUGAAUGAACUCAGCAGUCAUAUUACCGUCAAGCAGCACCCAGUCACCACCAUCCUUCACCACCCAACAUAUUACAUCACCCUACGUCCACCGCCAUCAACUAUUACACCCAUAUAUCUGCAGCAUUUUGAUAGUCUGCGUCGACUUCCCUCCCAAUUGGCCAAAAUCGGUUAACGAAUCCCUGCUCCAAAUAACGCCGAAAGAGGAGGAGAGGAAGGAAUUAGGAAUCAUUAAUAAUUUUAAUCGCUGGACAAAAUGCUUUAAAAAUAAAUCAAGUGUUGGACGUGCCUUUUAGUCGCGAUUCUGUCUGACUAAUAACGACUUAAUCAGAUUCUAGCCGCCUGGCUGAUGGGGGUGCCAGGAACAUAUGAAUAGGAUCUAAGCUGAAUUCAAACCAAAUUGAUUCCAAGAACCCUUUGCCAACACGUUACCCCAUAAGGUCAUGAUAAUGCAGGAUGUGAGGGAGGGAGCUCUAUUCCCUCGGUGGCUUUAUAAGUUUUUUUUGCAUAGACAAAUAAAAACAAUCAGAGUUAAUUAUUUGUACUCAGCAGUGGACGAGAUUGGUUCCUGCAAGGGGGAAACGCGUGUAAAUAAGAUUAGUUGGGGAUUUUGGUAUGCUGCUUGCUUUCUGUACAAGGCUGGCUGCGAGACGGGCGGUCGAUAGGCGGCGCUCCGAAUCCCCCUGUGCUCCGGCUUCACGCAAGGAAGAGGUUUCAGUGCAGAACUGCAGCUGAUAGACAACGUCCAGACUCGCCCCUCGCAGCCCGGCCACCGGGCCACAUGACAGUGCGACUCCGAAGAGAUGCCAGGCGCAUCUGGCGCUAAUGAAUAAGAGGCGUCCGGUUACAGCCCGAUCGGGUAACGCUGUUCAGCUUUCGGCAUUGGCCUUGAAACGCGCCAGCCGCUGAAUUUUUGCAGCCUGCACCGGGGGCGAGAUGCACACCACUCAGAAGGACACCACUUUCACCAAGAUCUUCGUCGGCGGGCUGCCCUACCACACCACCGACGCGUCGCUCCGCAAGUACUUCGAGGUCUUCGGUGACAUCGAGGAAGCGGUGGUGAUCACGGACCGGCAAACCGGCAAAUCUCGCGGCUACGGUUUUGUGACUAUGGCUGACCGGGCGGCGGCGGAGCGUGCAUGUAAAGAUCCCAAUCCCAUCAUCGACGGCAGGAAGGCCAAUGUCAACCUGGCGUACCUGGGGGCGAAACCUCGGAUCAUGCAGCCAGGUUUCGCUUUCGGAGUACAACAGAUUCACCCCGCUUUUGUACCCAGGCCUUAUGGGAUUCCUGCUCACUAUGUCUACCCACAGGCCUUUAUGCAACCUGGAGUCGUCAUCCCACAUGUCCAACCUGCAGCUGCUGCGUCUCCUUACAUCGACUACACGGGGACUGCGUACGCGCAGUAUUCUGCAGCCACAGCUGCCGCGGCCGCAGCUGCUGCAUAUGAGCAGUAUCCGUACGCCGCCUCCCCCGCUGCUGCGGCGGCGGCCGCCGGUUACGUCACUGCCGCCGGGUACAGCUACGCGGUGCAGCAGCCCAUGCCCAGUGCGGCUCCCGGGGCGGCUGCUGCUGCUGCAGCCUUCAGCCAGUACCAGCCCCAGCAGCUGCAGACAGACCGCAUGCAAUAACAAUGGGACACUUUUAAAAACAAAACCUAAAAGUGCGCACUACUUCUAGAAUCUGGAGAGCCACCAUAUAUUCCAUAACUCCCCAGCCAGUUACAAUUACAGCAACAGAGAUGAUGGACAUGGGGAUGGGGGUUAACAAAGUAUUCUACUUUCUGAUAAGAGAAAAAUAUUUUUCCAGCUUUUGAUUACUGUGAACAAUUGUGCUAUAUAUUGUCAUAUUAGAGAAGAUGGAACAGCAGAAAAAAAAUGUUUUUUGUGUUUACGAUCAAGAGAAUCUUUUAAGAAUCAAGUCCAAAGCUUUCAACCAGUCUGCAACUUAACAUGCAUUAACAAUGGGACAUAACAUAGUAUAAUUGCUUUGAGAAUACUGUUUCUUCAUCAGGGAAAUCGCUGCAAUACUUCAGCCUGUACCAAUUGCAGGAGCUGCAUGCAAUAACACUGCGACAUGCAAUAAUAAUAAUUUAAAAACAUGAAAUGUGCACAUCAGGGGGUUAGUGAGAUACAGAGACAAUUCUUCACUAUGGUAAUGACUACAGUUUGAAUUUUAAAGCACUGAAUGUCAUUCACUUUUUUAAAAAAAAAACUCUGACCUAUGCAACGUAUUUGGGAUAUCUGAAGUCUCUCUCGGGCAUCGAACAAUCAAAGUGUAUGACCAUGUGGCGUGAUCGACGGGCACCGAAGUUAUUUAUUUCUUUUUAUUCAUUGUUCCCUGAUAUGCAUGAAUGGAACUCUGAGCAGGUGAUCUGGAUUUAAUGCAUAGAGCAGCUGUGCGGACAAUCAAUAAGGCAGACAGUUCUGGAAAUACACAUCACUCGUGCGUGUUUGAUGACCUGUCACAUUUUAAUCUCUCCCGUCCUGUUACACUUCUCGGGAAACUUUAACCGCUGCUGUCAGCACAUCGGAUUCUGAAAUUGGAUCAGCUCCUGACAAUGACAGUCUCUUCUUUCUAUUUUAUUGCAUCUGUCCGUGGUCAUUGAUUGAAAAAAGGAAAGAAAAUUGUGGAUUUGAAGUCAUUGGUUGAAACUGUGCCUUAGAAAAUUAUUAUAAACCUAUUUUAAAAUUAUUUAUUGUAAAUGUUUUUACAAUCCUGCGCACUAUAGAAGGGAAAAUAAGUGCGAAACUAUGUAUGUAUUCAGCUCAUUGCAGAUAAAUUAUUAAAUAGGUAUUAGUUUAUAUUGUUAAACUAUAUCAACCUUCAAAAUGUUGACUCCAGUUUAUUUAAAAUAUUUCUAUGACGCACUAUUCGGUGGUUUUAUCUUGACAGUUGUCAAUUUUAGGAUAUUAAAUUAAUAUUUACUCUGAAGUGUUUCUUUCUAAUGUUAUUAGCUGCACACAUACAGACCUCUGAUAAUAGAAACAUUUAACUUUUUGAAGUAUUUCAAACUGUUACUUAGCUUUGUGGAUAGUUUUAACUGCCUCUGUUGCCUGUUUCUAAUUCUCAGUUGCUUUGCUGACUUAAAUAUUUCUAUUCUUACAUGUGCUGCAAAUGGAUCAUUUUUCUAAAUUUUGAUUUUUUUUAUAUAUAUAUACUUGGGGGGGGAGAGAAAUAAU